CCCACAAUGCUCUGUAAUGUUUUCGUUCUGGCCAAGAUGGCCGCUGCAGUUUCAAGUCGUCCUGGUUGUAUCUUUCAACGGACGUUAUCUUCGCAGGGCAAUGUCCCCUCUCAUUCAGAAUUCACCAGGACGUGCAGAGAGCCACUGUAUCUAAUAUCUAUUGACCGCUAUAUUAAAGACUUGAGUUUUGGAAUACAUUUUCCUCAAGCCGUUAACUCCUCGGAGAACCUGUACGAUGCCACGGUGAGCGACGGUGACUGCAAAUUGCGGGUCACCAUUCAUCCGAGUCUUAACUCAUUGGUGGAAAGUAACACGCUGCGAUGCGGCUGCCAGCUCCGAAAUGUGACCAUUUCUGUUGUCGGGGAGAGAAAGAGUCAAAGAGGCGGCUGUCAAACUUACGGGGUGGUGAACUUGGCGGUGGACUUGGAUGCGGGAGAGGACGCGGCUCUCGAUGCGCUUUGCGGGACCGACAUAGAUGCACUUCCCUGGUUCGGGUCGGAUGGAGAUGGUCCAUGUCUCCUUCCCUUGCGGGCCCAGAGAAGCUCGUACCUGCCUUUGUGGAAUAACCAGGAUUACAACGGUGAGAUGUGGAGAGACAGUUCCCCUGGCUCCACCUCAAACACAGAUUCCGACACAGAGGAAGAUAUCGAAGAUCUGCACCCCACAGUCACCAUACAGAAGAUCAGACAGAGCUUUCGAAGUCGCUCCCGGGUCGCCAAAGGAAUCCUAUUUGUUCGGAUCCUUCGCAAAUCUCGGCUGGUUUAUUACGGCAAGUCGGAACGUAACUGUGAAUGCGCCUACAAGACCGUAUUGGAGGUGGCAGACCGAACUGGUUUGGCCAGCGUAGUUCUGUGGAACACGCUGUGCAUAGAUUGGUACCGCAGUCUUCAUCCGGGACAGCUCCUUCGGCUUUCCCAGUACCGAGUAAAGGAGAGCUACCUCAGCAGGACGGGAGAGAGUCAGGAGGCGGAUAUAGAAAUCAGUCUGAAUUCCAGGAAUCCCACAGCGCACAUCUCUGUUAUUCCACAAGCGGAGGACUUUCCACAGCUGCUUCUGCCUGAUAUCUCGUACACGUUCUACUGCGGGUUAGACCUUCUGAACUGUUCCUCUGGUACCACCUGUGAUGUCAUCGGCCUGGUAGUGUCCGUUGGACGUCCAGAACGUAUGAAGAGCAAGGAAAGUCAAGGAGCAGAAUUAUGGGAAUAUCGCUGGCUACAGUUGGAGGAUGGAACCACAGACUCUCCCAUCAUGAUUCAGCUGUUCUCCACCUCGCAGCCAGAGAUACACUGCAAAAUACACCCAAUGUCCAUAGUGGUCUGUACAAACAUGCAGCUGGUGAAAACUGCUGCUGACAGACUGCCGUCUUUCCAGUACCUGACCAGCACCACUUUCACCCAGGUGUACUGCACAGGUUCAGGUCACCACUCUGCCAUGCCCUACAGAAGACUCCGCCCAGUCCGGCGUUUCAUCCAAUGGGCACAGACGGUGGACGAGAGCCAAUUGCUGGGCAGAGCUGUCGUGGGUGGGUUCUUCACCUAUCCACCCCUCCCAGUGUCACUGGAGCAGUUCCUGAAGAGCAAAAAGGGCGAGCCGGCCCUCAUCAGCGGGGCGGAGCUGAGGAGGGAGGCGGAGAGGCUGCAGUACAGAGAGAUGCGCAGGUUCGCCGUCCAGGCCACGAUCACCGCGGUGUCACACAGCGGCAAGGGAGGGCUGGACAACAGGGGAGCUGUUCCUGACCCGGCGACCCAGUGGAUUCCCGUUAUUCCGGGUUGUUCCGGCACAUACCUCGAGGCCAGUUCCCCACAAACCUCCGUCAAGCUCAGUCCCAGAUCUCCCAGACUGCGGGCGAGGUCUGGAUCGGGUCAGAACGGGUCAGCGGCAAAGAGGAAGCUGUUUGGAAGCGUGGAGCCACCCAGGAAGAGGUUGGCUCUGCCUCUCCGCCCCACAGAGGAAUCGAACACAGAGGAGGAGGCAGACAUAGACUUCACCUUAUGGGAUGCUUCUAUGGAGUUCCUGCAGAAGGAGGAUGAUGAUGAUGAGGAGGAUGAGGAUGAGGCAGAUGAAGAGCAGGCCGGCUCCAUAGGGAUCUUCCAUCCUGCCCCCGUGGGCCUCCACACUUCCCAGUGCCCCACGCUGGGUGUGGCUCUUGCCCCCAGGGAGACCUUGCCGAGGCAGUUUCACCCCCAGAGGAGGGAGGUCCAGAUGGCAGCGGCCGGCCUCCAGCCAGGCCGGCUGCAGGACACCCUCCCAUGCGGCAAGCUGGACACGUUUGCACCGAGCCCUUUCUACAGCGGACACUACACACUGACCCUCAGAGCUCUCACUGACAGUGUCUCGAUGAACGCCCUGUUUCUCCCUGCCUCCCCUGGGAACCUGCACUGGUGCCCCUACCCCCAGCCCCACAGCAACAGCUGGGAGGACAUCCUGUCACAUGGAGGCUUCUCUCCAUCCUCUCCCCCACCAGCACCCUCUGAUCUGGUCGCCACGGCAACUGAACUGACCAGUAAGAGACUGCUGUGUGUACUGGAGGUAUGUCAGCUGGGCAGGGCCAGGCUGGAGGUGGUGCUGACCCGGGCAUUCCCAGUAAGGGACUGAAUGGACGCAUGUGGUGCCCACACACAUGUAUACACACCAGCGGACUUGUUUUAUUUUUAGCUAUGGAGCUAGCUAUGUUUUUUACAGCACUAAUCCACCUUGAGACCAGUUGUACCACUUGCCAAAUAGCUGCAUUAGUUAAGAAAAAAAUUGUUCGAUAUUCAGUUGAGAUUGUGCCAUCUGUAUCAUUUUUCACGAUACCUGACCUUGCGCUUGCUAAAGUUUGUUUAUACACUAAAAUGCACUUUCACUUUUAAAAGUUUUGUACAAUUGCAGAUGUUUUAUUAGGAUUUCUGAGGAAAUUUUAUUUAAAGACAUUUAGUCUUUGUUGAAAGUCUUUCAUUUUUCUUGGCUUUCUUAAUUUUUUAAUUAUUUUGCAAACCUGUGGAUUUGGAUGCUAGCUCUGUAAGUCGGUGAACAUCAGCAGGUGGAAACACAGCAGACUAACGUAAAUAAAGUAUUGACAGGUUGUCAGUGGGGACGAGCUGAACAGGGGUGACCUCAGUGCGAGUGAGAAAGUUCUACAUGCCACUGUUACCUAUAAGUGAAACGGAGAUCAGUAUGUAAAGCAGAAGUACCCUCAUUAACUACUUAAAGAAAUUCUAGACAUUAUUCUGUGAUUACUCACUGGUAACUUAAGUAGUGGGUGUGGCCGUCAGUAUUGUUAGAGUAUUAUGAUCGGUGCAGUAUUCCUCUCAAGAAUGUCUAAGUACCAUUUCAUUACUUUUUUGUUUGUUCGUGUAUUUUUCUUAUCAUGGGCUGAAUACAUCAUGGGCUUUGGUUCCUGUUGGCCCAGAGGGCACAAAACCUGAGCCUUUGUACAGCAUACAUCCAUCUCCCUGUGUGGCUGGAGUUUCACAUACCAAGACUAAGUUCUUAAACCCCAAACAUGCUUCUUCAUUGUUGAUUUGUACAUGCAGUCUGAUUGGAUUCAUCUGGAAUAAAGCGUGUCUAAUUUCA